UGGACAUCUCUAUUGAUAACGUAGGCACAUCAACUAUUGUUUCCUCUCUCUCUCCUCCUCCCUUCACUCCCUUGUAGACAAAAAAAAAAACAGAGAAACACAAAGAAAGAAACAGAGUAAAUGAUCAAGGAAACAGCUAUGUUUCCUAAUCUCCAUAUAGGAGUAUUAAUCUUAAUUUCUCUUCUUUUUUGUGGGUUAAUAAGUUGUGUUCUUCAUUUUUGGAAGAAUAACAUGUGGGUUAAGACACGAAAACAAAGAAAGUUGCUUAAAAAUAGAGGUAUUAAAGGCCCUUCACCUUCUUUUUUAUUUGGGAAUGUAUUUGAGAUGCAGAGGAUUCAAUCUAUGGUGGCUAAAUCUUCUUCUCAUGCUGAAAUUGUGGGCCAUGAUUAUACUUCUACACUCUUUCCUUACUUUGAACAGUGGAGAAAUGAAUAUGGUCCGAUUUACACGUAUUCUACCGGAGAUAGGCAACAUCUAUAUGUGAAUCAUCCGGAUCUAGUGCGAGAGAUGAGCCAAAACAUGACUUUACAAUUGGGUAAGCCUACUUACGUCACUAAGGCACUUGCUCCUAUGCUUGGCAACGGAAUUUUGCGAUCAAACGGUACUGUUUGGGCUCAACAAAGGAAAAUUAUUGCUGCACAAUUCUUUAUGGACAAGGUCAAGUCCAUGAUGGGUUUGAUGAAGGAGGUAGCCCAAGAGAUGAUGGUAAAAUGGGAAGCUUGUAUUGAUGCCCAAGGUGGGUCAAUAGCAGAGGUGAGAGUUGACGAAGAUUUGAGGGCAACUUCAGGUGACAUGAUAUCAAGGGCUUGUUUUGGCAGUUCAUAUUCUAAAGGCAAGAAGAUUUUCUUAAAACUAAGGACUCUCCAAAAGGUCCUCUCUAAGCAAAAUUUUCUCUUCAAAGUGCCCACUAUCAGGUUUUUGAAUACAAAAGUCCAUAAAGAGGUGAAGUCCUUGGAAAAAGAAAUAGAGUCACUAAUAUGGGAGGCAGUUCAAGAAAGAGUAGAAGAAUGUUCUAAGGGAUACUCAUCUGAGAAGGACCUUAUGCAAUGGAUUCUUGAAGGUGCAACUAAUGAUCAAGAAUUAGACGAAGUUUCAUCCAAGCAGUUGAUUGUUGAUAAUUGCAAGAACAUGUACUUUGCUGGCCAUGAAUCAACUGCUGUGGCUGCUUCUUGGUGCUUGAUGUUGUUGGCAUUGCAUCCUGAAUGGCAACAUAACAUCAGGGAAGAGGUUAAUCAACUUUGUGGAAAUAAUGAAGAUCAUCUUCAUGUUCUUGAUGUUGAGACUCUUCUUAAGAUCAAAUCGGUGACUAUGGUGAUUCAAGAAGCCCUAAGAUUGUACCCACCAGCAGCUUUCAUAUCAAGGGAAGCACUAGAAGAAUUUCAAAUAGGAGACAUUUUGGUCCCACAAGGGGUGUGCAUAUGGACCUUGAUCCCCACAUUGCAUAGGGACCCAGAUAUAUGGGGCCCAGAUGCCAAUGAAUUCAAACCUGAAAGAUUUGCUAAUGGAGUUUCUAGUGCUUGUAAAGUUCCUCAAGCAUAUAUUCCUUUUGGUCUUGGUGCUCGCUUAUGUUUAGGCAAAAACUUUGCCAUGGUGCAAUUGAAGUUCUUGCUUUGCAUUAUUAUCUCUAGAUUUAGCUUCACUUUGUCCCCUAAGUAUAGACAUUCACCUACUUAUAGAAUGAUUGUUGAACCUAAGUAUGGUGUACAUAUUCUUAUUAAGAGAAUAUGAGGGGUUUAGUGAAAAUAAAGAGAAUAUGAGGGGUUUAGCAACUUAUUUUCAUAGAUGAAACUCGGAUUUUGAUAAGUUUGACCCUUUUUGAUUGUUGAGUUUAAUAGUGAGAGAGAUAUACUUAUUUAAGUACUUGUAUGUUAUGAUCAUUGAUCACAUCUAUCUAUAUGAAAGCAAGGCAUAAUUAGAUGAGCA